GUUAAACGACACAACCUGGAUUCUGGCUCGAGUUACACCAGGCAUCCGAAAGCAAGUUGAAGGCAUCUCUAUCAACAUGGAAAACAAUGUGCAUCCACCAAUGGAGACCCAGCCUCCUAUGCCUUUCAUUGGAACUGACCAUCGGCGCAACUCCAUGAGAAGCAGCUAUAGUGUUAUUUCAGAUGUCGAAAUGGCUCGCAAUGAGAUAUAUGAUGGGCCGAUAUCAGAGAGUAUCCCUUCCAGCGUGGUUUCCUUUUCUCACCGUCGGAAUAGGAAAGACUCUAUCGCAAGCUUUACUUAUUUUCAGGAAGAUGAAGAUCACAUAGAGUGGCCAAACGAAGCUGCCAUAGAUGCCGAGAGUGAUGUUGACGACAUGCCUGAUCUUGGAGUUAGUGUGACGAACGAGUCAAUCAGAUCCUCUAAACGUCCAUCUUACUCUAGAGACUCUGCUGAAGAUCCUCUUUUGCAGCGGUCGUUAUCAGCUUCGUCUCAUGCUCAAGGCCAUAAAAGGGACAAAAGAGUAAGCCAAAAAGUCCACAUCGUCUUAGAAGACUUGACUGUCGUUAUUGCGGGGUUUUCGACGAGCCUCGCUGGCCUGAUAUUAUAUUACUCACUAUGUGUAUUAUCGUUCGGAUUCUUCUAUCUCCUAUUUCGAUGGUUUCCAAGAUACCGAGUCCGCUUGUUGGGAAAGCCUGCCCCUCUUCAAGUGUGCCAAUGGGUCGCAGUUGAGGACCAAUGGAAUCAGUUUGGCAUUUACACGGUUCUUAAUGAAGAAUACGGUCGUCCUCUUUCAACAGUCUUUGCCGACGCCGAAUAUCAUAACUAUGACGAAGACAAUGAUCCUACUAUUUCUAGGUUGCGGUACAUCGAUUAUAGAUAUCUCCGCCUCUUCUAUCACGCCGUUGAAGACAAAUUCUGUUUGGUCAAUGACUGGAAAGACCCUUUCUGGACGAAUGCGAAAGGAAUGAGAGCUGGAUUGGAUGCCGAUGACCGGGAUAGCCGCGAACAGGUGUUUGGCAAGAACCUCAUUGAUAUCCAACAAAAACCUAUUAUUCAACUGCUUAUGGAUGAGGCUUUUCACCCAUUCUAUAUUUUCCAGCUCGCCAGUCUUGUCCUUUGGUCACUCGAUCAGUAUUACUAUUAUGCAGUCUGCAUAUUCCUCAUCUCUGUCAUUAGUAUAAGUGCUACUAUAAUAGAGACUAAAGCGACCAUGAAUCGCCUAAGGCAAAUUUCAUUGUUUGAGUGUGAUAUCCGUGUGCUAAGAAAUGGCUUCUGGAGAUCUGUCCCUUCCCGGGAACUUGUUCCUGGUGAUGUUUUUGAAUUCUCUGACCCGUCACUGAAUCAUGUUCCCUGUGAUUGUAUAUUACUCUCUGGUGACUGUAUUGUGAAUGAGAGCAUGCUCACAGGUGAAUCUGUUCCUGUCUCCAAAGUCCCGCUAACGGACGAUGCUCUCAAUUACUUGGAUUUGAGCGCCCCCUCAAUCCACCCCGUGCUUGCGAAACAUUUCUUAUUCAGUGGCACGAAAGUAAUCCGGGCACGUCGUCCACAAGGUGUUGAUGAUGAUGAAGCUAUUGCUUUGGCAGUCGUCGUCAGAACAGGGUUUUUGACGACAAAAGGCGCCCUUGUUCGAUCGAUGCUUUUCCCGAAGCCUUCUGGAUUCAGUUUCUAUCGAGACUCCUUCCGGUAUAUAUCGGUUAUGGCCUUUAUUGCUAUUCUGGGAUUUGUGGCCUCGUUUGUUAAUUUCAUCCACCUUGGGCUCUCAUGGCACCUAAUCAUUGUCAGAGCACUCGACUUGAUCACGAUCGUUGUGCCUCCGGCUCUGCCAGCCACGCUAAGUAUUGGAACUAACUUUGCCCUCUCACGACUCAAGGCGCAUAAGAUAUUUUGUAUCAGCCCACAGAGGGUCAAUGUAGGGGGCAAGCUAGAUGUGAUAUGUUUCGACAAGACGGGAACCCUUACAGAAGAUGGCCUGGAUGUCCUCGGAGUGCGUAUUGUUGAUCACAACAAAAGAUUUUCAGACUUACUUCCUAAGCUUUGUCUCGAUUUUCCAACAACGUCUCCUACAGACGGCAUUCGAGGCACAAGCAGGUAUAACAGCACCCUUUUCACCAUGGCAACAUGUCACUCUUUGAGAAUUGUGGACGGUGAACUUCUAGGGGACCCUUUAGAUGUCAAGAUGUUUCAGUUCACUGGUUGGUCCUAUGAAGAGGGCGGGGGGCAUACUGAACAACUGGAUUCUGAGGCCAUAUUGCCGUCGAUCGCGAGACCACCCCUUCCUGCAGGCCAUGCCGGCGGCUGUGAGCAAGCCAGUCUGCAUGUGCCAUUAGAACUCGGUAUUUUGCGUGGCUUCGAAUUUGUAUCACAUCUUCGGCGAGCAAGUGUAAUUGUGCGACAAUAUGGUGACAAUGGUGCUAGCACUUAUGUGAAAGGUGCACCAGAAAGCGUGAAAGCCAUAUGUCUUCCAGGGAGCUUACCACGUGAUUUCGAUGACCUUCUAAGUCAUUACACCCAUAAAGGUUAUCGUGUCAUCGCAUGUGCGGCCAAAUAUGAGCCAAAAUUGAGCUGGAUGAGAGUCCAGAAGAUGACCCGUGCUGAUGCUGAGUGUGACUUAGAGUUCCUUGGCUUCAUCAUCUUUGAAAACAAACUGAAGCCAACGACUGCGGAGACUAUUUCAGAGCUUAAUGAAGCAGGAAUACGCAACGUUAUGUGCACAGGCGACAAUAUCCUCACUGCAGUCAGUGUUGCCCGCGAAUGUGGUCUGAUUAGUGGAGAUGAACAGUGUUUCAUUCCACGUUUCGUACAAGGCCAUCCUCAGGAUUAUGGCGCUGAUGCUUCUCUUUGCUGGGAAAGUGUAGACAAUCCAGCAUGGAAGCUUAAUCCAAGCACUCUCAUGCCUUCACUGAAUUCGACGGCUCUUGAUUUAUCUAUACCGGGCAAUGCUUGCAGCCUUCGCAACUAUUCCCUUGCUAUUAGCGGCGAGGUAUUUAGGUGGAUUGUCGAUUUUGGAAGCGAAACGCUUAUAAAGAGGAUGCUUGUGCGUGGCAAAGUGUUCGCGAGGAUGUCACCUGACGAGAAACACGAGCUUGUGGAAAAGCUUCAAUCCCUUGACUACUGCUGCGGAUUCUGUGGCGAUGGUGCAAACGACUGCGGAGCGUUGAAGGCCGCUGAUGUUGGCGUUUCCUUAUCAGAUGCUGAAGCUUCGGUUGCUGCUCCAUUCACAAGCCGUCGCUUUGACAUAUCUUGUAUUCCGACGCUGAUCAGGGAAGGUCGAGGUUCCCUGGUCACGAGCUUCUGCUGCUUCAAGUACAUGAGCCUAUAUUCGGCAAUCCAGUUUUCGACUGUCAGUUUCUUAUAUGCAUCGGCGUCAAAUCUUGGAGACUUCCAGUUCCUCUUCAUUGACUUGUGUCUGAUAUUGCCAAUUGCUAUCUUCAUGGGAUGGACCAGUCCGUACCCAGUGCUAUCUCAGAAACGACCAACUGCCGACCUUGUGUCGCGCAAAGUUUUGGUUCCGCUACUGGGCCAAAUCACAAUAUGUGUUCUUACCCAGCUCGUGGCGUUCCAGACCGUCCAAUUACAGCCAUGGUUCCAGCCUCCUCAGGUAGACUUGGAGGAGAGCAAUAUCGAGAAUUCUGAGAACACCGUGCUUUUCCUGGUUUCCAGUUUCCAAUACAUUUUAUCAAGCGUUGUUCUUAGCGUUGGGCCGCCUUUCCGAAAACCGAUGAGCUCUAACAAACCAUUCCUCUCCAUGAUAAUUGUGGAUUUAAUGAUUUCCUGCUACAUGCUUUUCAAACCAUCGCAAUGGCUGAAGCACUUUAUGCAGUUGACAUAUCUGCCGGACAGUUUCGCAUGGUGGCUGUUGCUGCUCGCCGUUAUGAGCUUCUUGUUCUCUUGGUUGGCAGAAAGAGAACUAUUCCCUAGAUUGGCCCGUACGCUGGGGCGCAUGUACACGGCGUUGCGACCAAGUCACCCCAAAAAGCGCCGCCAGUACAAGGUACUCCUCGAGGAAAUGCAAGGUUGAAAGAAGGUCAUAUUUUAAGCAAAUGCAGAGGCGCCUCUUCCACUUGAAUAUGUAUAUCUGAUUGUUUUCUUCACAUAUCCGUCAUGGUGACCACCAUAGUUUUUGUUUCCAUUGACUCCUUGAGUCACGGCAUAAAGUGCGUGGUUUUUGUGGAAUUAACUUGCUUGAGAUUAUACAACGAAACCCGCCAACUAACUCAAACCCCUCCACUCGUGACCAAAGAGUUAGACAUGUUCAGGAACGAGUGUAUUAUGCGGUCAAUGGUCCCAAGGAUGCUUCCAACCCAACAGGGCAGGACCGUCUUUCUUAGCUCUGUACAUCAA